AUGACAGUAUUGACUGAAACGAAAGAAGGUACGGGAAUUAGAAUUGCAGUUGAUAGAGGUGGAACAUUUACUGAUUGUAUUGGUAAUCCGGGAACCAACAGGCAAGAAGAUGAUGUGGUGAUUAAAUUGCUCUCUGUGGACCCGAAGAACUACCCUGAUGCCCCUCUUGAAGGGAUUAGAAGACUCUUGGAGAUUAUGCAGAAUAGAAAAAUACCUCGUGGCAGUCCACUAGACGUAUCCAGUGUGAAAAGUAUUCGUAUGGGUACAACACUAGCCACUAAUUGUGCUCUAGAGAGAAAUGGAGAGCGUUGCGCCUUCAUAACAACGCGUGGAUUUAAAGAUUCCCUUCUUAUUGGUGAUCAAACAAGACCUGACAUUUUCGAUCUAAAUGUGAAGAAGACAAAACCUCUCUAUGAAAUGGUAGUAGAAAUUGACGAGAGAGUCACCUUAGAGGAUUUUUCUGAAGAUCCGGAAAUGGUUAAAUCUCUGCCUGAUGUAGCUGAUAAUACUGUUAUGGGAGCCAGUGGAGAAAUUGUUAGAAUUUUGAAGCGUCCUGAUACGUCUUCAAUUAUAUCUACUCUCAAGCUCAUCUACGAUUCUGGUAUCAGAUCAAUUGCCGUUGCUCUAUUGCAUGCUUAUACUUUCCCUGAUCAUGAGUUGUUGAUUGGAAAACUAGCCCAGAAAAUCGGUUUUAAACACAUAUCAUUGUCCUCACAGGUCUCACCAAUGAUCAAGUUUUUGCCAAGGGCUCAUAGUUCUGUUGCAGACGCAUACUUGACACCAGUUAUCAAAACUUACCUUGAAAGCAUCGAGUGUGGAUUAACAAAUUCCAAUGAUACCAAUGUACAGUUCAUGCAAUCCGACGGUGGUCUUGUUGAUGGAAAGAAGUUUUCAGGUUUGAAAUCCAUCCUAUCAGGACCAGCAGGUGGUGUUGUUGGUUAUUCUGCUACUUGUUAUGAUCCUGAAAACAAUAUUCCAUUGAUUGGGUUUGAUAUGGGUGGUACUUCUACAGAUGUCAGUCGUUUUGGGGAUGGUAAACUCGAACAUAUUUUCGAGACAACCACUGCAGGCAUUGUCAUCCAAUCACCACAAUUAGAUAUCAAUACAGUUGCAGCUGGAGGAUCUUCCAGACUCUUUUGGGAGAAUGGACUUUUCAGAGUCGGUCCUGAAUCUGCUACUGCCGACCCCGGUCCUGCUUGCUAUCGUAAAGGUGGUCCUUUGACUAUCACAGAUGCCAAUCUAUUCCUUGGAAGAUUAGUUCCAGAGUUCUUCCCCAGUAUUUUUGGACCUAAUGAGGAUGAGAGUCUCGACCUUGAAACUACUACGAAACUAUUUUUGGAGCUUACAAAGACAAUUAAUAAUGAUUUAAAUGCAAGUUUUACUCCUGAUGAAAUUGCAUACGGCUUCUUAAAAGUUGCAAACGAGUCUAUGGCAAGACCAAUUCGUGCUAUCACCGAAGCUAAAGGUCACACAGUUCAACAUCAUAGACUAGUUACUUUUGGAGGUGCUGGUGGCCAGCAUGCAGUGGCAGUUGCAGAUUCACUUGGUAUUAGAGAAGUGUUAGCCCAUAGGUAUUCUUCGAUUCUUUCUGCAUACGGUAUAUUUUUGGCCGAUGUCGUUGAAGAAAAGCAGGAACCUUGUUCUUUUAUACUGGGAGACUCAUCCACUUUAGAAAAAGUGAACACAAAGUUUAGUGCCUUAUGUGCUAAGAGCAAAGAGUCUUUAUUGAGCCAAGGAUUUUCAGUGUCCGACCUCAUUUUUGAAAAGUAUCUCAACCUUAGAUAUGAAGGUACCGAAACAAGUUUAAUGAUUUUGCAAGAAGAAGACAAGAACUUUUCAGAUUUGUUCACACAGAGCCAUAUGACAGAAUUUGGCUUUGCCUUUAAAGAUAAGAAUAUUAUAGUUGAUGAUAUUAGAGUCAGAACAAUCGGCAAGUCUAACGUGAGAAAGGAAAAUUCUGUGGAUUCCCAAUUAGCAGCUCUACCAAGGAAUUAUAUCGACAAGAGCAGUAGUGCAAGUUUUUCCAAAAGCGUCUAUUUUGAUGGUAAACGUGUAGAUACACCAAUUUACAGAAUUGAAAGUAUGCCAUUAGGUUCUGUCAUAGUAGGACCUGCUAUUUUGGCCGAUGGUACCCAAACAAAUGUGAUCCCACCAAAUACAGAGGCUGUAAUUUUGAAGUCGCAUAUCUUCAUAAAAUUGUUAGACCAAACUGAAAAGUUAAAUUCAACAGAUACUAAUGCAGUUGAUCCAGUAUUAUUAUCAAUUUUCAGUCAUCGUUUCAUGGAUAUUGCAGAGCAAAUGGGAAAUCAGUUGAGAAAGACUUCUGUUUCCACCAAUGUUAAGGAAAGAUUGGAUUUUUCAUGUGCAUUGUUUGAUCAAGUCGGUAACCUUGUUGCAAAUGCUCCCCAUGUUCCUGUUCAUUUAGGUUCAAUGUCAACAUGCAUUAGCGCCCAAGCAAAGUUAUGGGAAGGUAAACUAAAGCCAGGGGAUGUGUUAAUUACAAACCAUCCAGAUAUUGGAGGGACUCAUUUGCCCGAUAUUACAAUUAUCACUCCUUCAUUUUCCGAAGAAUCAGGUGAACUAUUAUUUUUCGUAGCUUCUAGGGCCCAUCACGCUGAUAUUGGUGGUAUCUUACCGGGAUCUGUUCCUCCGAAUUCUAAGGAAUUAUAUGAAGAAGGUGCUGCUAUUUAUUCAGAACUCAUCACCAAGGAUGGCGAAUUCCAAGAAGCCUUAGUAAGGAAGUUCUUACUAGAAGAUCCGGCAAAGUAUCCAAAGUGUUCAGGAUCUCGUAAGAUUAGUGAUAACAUCAGUGAUUUAAAAGCCCAAGUUGCAGCCAACAAUAAGGGAAUCCAAUUGAUCAAGAAUUUAAUCGAAGAGUAUGGCAUUGAAGUUAUCAGAACUUAUAUGGAAGCUAUUCAACAAAAUGCAUCGAAUACUAUUAAGAGCAUGCUCAAAAAAAUGACAAAACACUUUAACAAAAACGAGUUUUCAGGUGAAGAUAUGAUGGAUGAUGGUACUGUCAUUAAGUUGAAUGUAAAGCUUGAUAUUGAGAAUGAAAAGUACAUUUUUGAUUUCUCUGGAACCUCCCCUCAGGUUUAUGGUAACCUAAAUGCACCAGAAGCCAUAACAAAUUCUGCAAUUUUGUACUGCUUAAGAUGUCUUGUAGGUGAGGAUAUUCCGUUGAACCAAGGUUGUUUAAAGCCCUUGACUAUUAAAAUUCCAAAAGGUUCAAUUCUUUCCCCUACAAAAGGAGUUGCUGUAGUUGGAGGAAAUGUCCUCACAUCCCAAAGAGUUACUGAUGUAGUUUUGAAGACCUUCAAUGUAAUGGCAGAUUCUCAAGGUGAUUGCAACAACUUUACCUUCGGUACAGGUGGUAAAGAUGAACUCACCGGUGAAUCAAAAGAUGGUUUUGGGUAUUAUGAGACAAUAUGUGGUGGUCAUGGUGCUGGAUGCGAUUCUUGGAGAGGAAAAGGAUGGGAUGGUGUCGAUGCAGUGCAUACUAACAUGACUAAUACUAGAAUUACUGAUGUUGAAAUCCUUGAAAGACGUUAUCCCGUAAUCCUAAACGAGUUUUCAAUCAGAGAGAAUUCAGGUGGUCUCGGUAAAUAUCGUGGAGGUAAUGGAGUUAUCAGAGAUAUGACGUUCCGUAAGGCCAUGCAAGCUUCUAUACUUUCAGAAAGACGUGUAGUUGCUCCUCAUGGCCUAGAAGGAGGUUCAGAUGGGGAAAGGGGUGUUAAUAUUUGGGUUCGCCAUGAGAGUAACACUAUGAUUAAUAUGGGCGGUAAAAAUACUGUUCCAAUUCAGCCUGGUGACCGAAUUAUUAUCAAGACUCCUGGUGGCGGUGGUUGUGGGUCUAUCUAA